GUUCUGUACUAGAGCAGUUUACAUGUGUUUAUUGGCACACUUUUUUUGUUGUAAAUGUUGACGGGGACCCAUAGCCCUAUGUAUAACCUAGGCUAUUGCAACAUUGGUUAGAAGAUAGCUGCAAUAAUCUCAAAUAGCAACACUUGGUUGAAAUUGGAGCAGUAUACAUUUGGUAUUUAUAACCUCAGGAAUUCAGAUUGGAGCAAUGAGAACAUUUUGUUCACUAGCAAAUGUUAAUUUAAAAUCGGGGGAAAAAUCUUGAACAAAUGGUAGCCUGUAGUAAAAAUAAAAAACAGUAGCCUAUGGACUGGACUGACAUGACCCUUUUGACAAGUGCCCCUACGCCUUCCGUCGGCUUGAGCUACCAUACAGACAGACGUCAGUGACUCUAUGCUACCGUGAAUAUGGCGGAGGCUGCGGCGACACCACAAUACCGUUUUUUCUGUCACUGCUGUAAAGGUGAAAUCGACCCUAAACUCCCGGAAUUCACAUGCCCCAGGUGUGAGUCCGAUUUCAUUGAGGAGGUGACAGAAGACUCCAGUCUCUUGGAGAACAGCAGCACUGCAGAGGCCAAUGAUGAUGCAGGCACACUCUUUUCAGAGCUGUGGCAGCUGCUGUUUAUGGAACGCUCUGCCCUUCUCUUGGACCCCUCCGCCUCUGAGUCUGACCAGAGCCAUCUACAGGCUGCCGUAGCCAGUGAUGCAGUGGAGGAAGACGUGGAGGGCCCUUCCGAAGUGCCUGUGGCCUCUGUGGGAGGCACAGAGCCUUUAGUGCCUGAACCGGAACGCCCAUCUCGUCCGCCUAGCCAGGGGAGGCGACAGUCCCGCACGCCAGCAGUGGAGGGUAUUGUGCAGCAGUUUUUGGCUGGUCUGUUUGCCAACGAUGGAAAUCCAGGCAUCGCACCAGCUGCACUGUAUGGCAUGCUCCAUUCAAAUCCAGGGGACUAUGCCUGGGGUCAGGGAGGUCUAGACGCAGUUAUCACAGAGUUGUUAGGUCAGUUUGAGGGCACAGGUCCACCUCCUGCAGAGAAGGAGAUGAUAUCAUCCCUCCCCACAGUCAACAUCUCUCAAGAACAGACAGACAGCAGACUGGAGUGUCCAGUAUGUAGGGAGGAGUACUCCGUGGGAGAGUCUGUCAAACAGCUGCCCUGCCUCCAUCAUUUCCACAGUGACUGCAUAGUGCCAUGGCUCGAACUGCACGAUACCUGUCCUGUGUGUCGUAAAAGUCUUGACGGCGUCGACCAGAGCAUCCAGCCCCCACCAGAACCCCCCUCCAUCAGGACAGACCCUCAGGAGGAGAAACAGGCUAUUUGACGAUUAGGCCUCCCUCUCUGGCAUCUCUUCUUCCCUUUUCUCCUGAACAAGUUUGAUCUCUAUCCUCAUGCAUCGUCAUCCAUCGCUCCCUAUUUGACCACGUGUUUAUUGAAGUGACAUAUUUCAAUUAAACUGUGCCUCAUUGUCAAAAUUCAA